AUGCCCAAAAACGGAAGACCACCAGUCAGCUGCUCGGAAUGUAGACGUUCUAAGCUCAAAUGCAGCAAAUCAUGGCCUUGUACUGAAUGUCAGCGAAGAGGAUGUGCUCAUCUCUGUCCAACGGGAGUCAACACCCAACGUCGCACGAUCUCUACCGUCCUCAGUGAGAAUGCAAGACUUAGAGAUCGUCUUGCACGAUCAUCGCCAAUCACAGUCUCCGAAUCGCAUAUAGCAGCUUCGGGGCCAGCUCCUGCUGAUGAAAUGGUGGAAUCAGCCCCUCUGAACUUGUCACCGUCGAUACAACUCUAUCAUACGGCUCCUCCACCAUCAUUCAGCACACCAAUACCACCGGUCGGACAGCUGUCGAUAGGUUCAGGUGGCGGAUCCAAAUUUUACGGACCAACUGCGGCUGCUCAUGUUCUUCCUGAUGAAUGGGCAGAUCGGGAUAUCCGAAACAAUCAGUCAUGCAGUCGUAUCGAUUCCAACGUACCUUUAACAUUCCCCCUUCUUCGUCCUUCCCAAUCUGCCCGGCAAGCGUUUUUGGAUGACGCUCGAAAUCAACUGCCUGCAGAUGACCUGCUGCAGAAAUGGACUGACUCAUUCUGGGUCGCUUCGUCAUGGCGCUUUGAGCCGAUUACAAAGCAAUACUUCGAUAAUUUAUUCCUUGAUCCGUUGAACGGCACUCGAGCGACGUCAAGAACGGGCGCGCAGUUGGGACUUCGUUUUUCGAUACUUGCCAUUGGCUCUCUAUUCGAUCCAGACCUUCCUCCACAUUCGACCCAAGCACAAACCUUUGACGACUUUGCUAUGGCAUGUCUGACUGCCGCUGAUUUCCUCACGAACACUACCGUGGCGAGUCUGGUUUGCUUGCACUUGCAUUGCUGCUUUUUGUUGAACGACUCUCGUCCAAGAACCGAAGAAAUCUACGUUGUCGUCGGCCUGGCUUUACGACUGGCGACCAGUGCAGGGUUCCAUCGAGAUGGAACGUGGUGGGGCCUUCCGGAACUUGAAGUAGACGCACGCAGACGAAUAUGGUGGGAAAUACUUACUCUUGAACGAGUCAACUCCAACCGUUUCGGUUGCCCUUCAUUCAUCAAUUUUGGACAAUUUGAUGCCUUGCGACCAAACGAUCAGUCUCAUGAUAGUUUCCUGUUCUGGCGAUGGGAAUACGAUAACGUGCUACAUGUUCUCAUUAACAGGAUAGAAGCAAUUAGGACUUCUCCGGACUUGGACGGACUGUCCGACGCAGAUUAUGCUGUAAAAUCGUAUUGGCAGAGUGUCCCUAAUUUACUGAAACCCUCACAACCACUGCUCAACCAAGGUCACGAUGGAUUCGUUCUAGCUCUACAGCAACGACGCCUAGCAUUGCAUUAUUACACUGGGCUACAUCAACUCCAUCGUCUGGGAAUGAACCGGGCGUUAAGACUUCAUGCCUCAGAACCUCUCGAUUCACAAUUCGCUUCAAGUGUGAAUAUCAUGAUAAAUGAGGCUUGUCGAAAUGUUAUUGACCUAGUAGAUGAUAUUUACAGUCUCAGUCCUAUCAAUACGAGGCACAUGGUUGUUGCCCUCGACCUUUUUAGUGUACUCGUACCUCAGGCUGCAUUGGUGAUCAGAUCUCCCAGAAGCUCUUUAGCUGUCACAUGUCAUCAUCAAUUGGUACGAGGUGUGGAUUUGUUAGAAAAAGCGGCCCGUCAAACGCCCUGUCCCUGGUAUCUUGCGCUGUUGCAACGAGGUCAAAAAUUAGCUGCUAAGGCCACAACAAGUCUUCAGACUCGCUUUAAUACCACCCAAAGACCUUCGGAAAAUCAAGAGACGGAUGGUGUCGAUGAGCUGCUCGGCGAUAUCACGCAACUCCAUAAGUAUCAGCAAUCAGCCGCACCAUCACCCGCACCAGAAAGUCGAAACAUCGCUAUGACGAUCGCCGAUGAUGUUGAGUUCGAACGCUGGAUAUCUUCAUUAAUCGAGGAUAGUCCCCUUGACCUUCUUACAGGGUCUGGCAGUAAUCCCGGAUAUCAGCAGGGUGACACUCGCCUCAACGAUUCGAAUUUCGAUUUCACACAAUUCCAAUUGCCUUAG